CAUCACUCACCACAGUCGUAGUAUAGCUUAGGAGAUAAAUGGAGAGAAAUAUGAGAGCAUCCCUCAUAAUGGCAAUGCUCUUGCUAUGCACUUGGUCGUGUUCUGAGAUGGUUAAUGGCCAGCAACAGCAACAGCAGAGGAGGCGGCAGCAGCAACAACAAUCAUGCAGAGGGCACCAUCUGCGUGCUCAGCAACCCUAUGAGAGAAUCAGAUCGGAAGCUGGCACCAUUGAGCUCUCCACCAGACAGGACAAUGAUGAAUUGGACUGUGCAGGUGUUGAGAUAAUCAGAGAGACCAUUGAAAGAGAUGGGCUUUCGGUGCCCAGAUUCCAAAACACCCCUGAACUGGUGUAUAUUGUUGAGGGUGAGGGUAGGCUGGGGGUGGUUUUCCCCGGGUGCCCUGAAACUUUCAGGCGGCCUCCAUUUGGAGCAGGGCAAGGUGAGUGCCAACGAAGGAGAAGAGGAUCAGGACAAGAAGAAGGAGAAGAAGAAGAAGAAAGGGGAAGUGAAAAAGAGAGGAGCAGGCGUGAGCAGGAGUGUGCCAGGGACGAAAGCUCUCAGAAGGUGAGGCGAGUGAGGAGAGGAGACGUGGUAGCCAUUUUUGCAGGAGCAGCAUAUUGGUGGUUCAACGAUGGUGACAAGCCCCUUCGAAUUGUGGCCAUUGCCGACUCAUCCAACUAUCAAAAUCAGCUUGACAAGACAUACCGCCCCUUCUUUUUGGCGGGAUCCUCUGCAACUCGGGAGAGAAGAGAAAGAUUAGGAGAGGGAAGGAACUAUGGAGGCAAUAUGCUGGCAGGUUUUGAUACGAACAUGCUGGCGGAGGCUUUUGGAGUGAGAAAGACCACAGUUAUGAACCUGCAAGAGAACAACGAAGGAAGAGGCCCGAUCAUCAGGGUCACUGAACAACAUCGAAGACGACCUGGGCAAAAUGUUUCCCUUAAUGAGGAAGACACAGAGGAUGAUUUACCUUCGACGAAAAACGGACUUGUCCAACUGUUCUGCAACAUGCGUUUGCUCCACAAUGCCGACCGCCCAGAAGAUGCAGACGUGUUUGUAAGAGAUGGGGGGCGACUGAACACAAUAAACCGCUUCAAACUCCGCGCGCUCACUCACUUAAACUUGGCAGCCGAGAGAGGCGUUCUCCGCCCUAGAGCAAUGUUUGCACCAUCAUGGCUUUCGUGUCACGCAAUAUUGUACGCCACCAGAGGCGAUGCCCGAAUUCAGGUUGCGGAUAACAGAGGAGAAAGGGUGUUCGAUGCAAGAGUUCAGGAAGGCCAGUUCCUCGUCAUUCCUCAGUUUUAUGCCGUGGUGAAGAGGGCCGGUGACCAGGGCUUCGAGUGGAUUGCCUUCACCACAAGCCACAGUCCAAUCCGGUCGAGCUUCACUGGAAGAAAUUCGGUGCUGAAGGGGAUGCCUCAGGAGGUUGUGAUGCAUGCGUACAACAUUUCAAGGAGAGAAGCUCAUGAACUGAGGUGGAAUAGAGAGCAUGAGUUCCUCAUUCUGCCCCCACGUCGACAAGAAUAUGAAAGGGGAAGAUCAAACCAGUGAUGGAAUGAUUUUAUGCAGAGAGCGUCGUCUGAAGUUCUCUGUUUUCUCUGUCUACUCUAAACGGAGAUGAGGCUCUACCAUCCUCAUUCCUCCACCAAGUAAAUAAAAAGUAAAAUGAAUAAAAUUCUUGUGCGUUUUUUGCUUGCAUUGCAAAAUUUCUAAUACAGAAGAACGUAUCUUUGUGGAGCUAA